CUUCUGCGAGGGUUGUUGCUUCACGGCUCUGGGAUAGAAUUAAUCGCUCAGACCAUGAAUUACAAAAAACCCGCUCCUAAGUGACAGUGUAUACAACAAACAUAUAUAAAUUAAAACAAACAUCUGAGGAUUCUGAUGGUAACAUUAUAACUUUAAAUCAAACUUUAACGGGGUCGUUUUUAUUAGCGCAAAAUUUAAGAGAAGCUUAUAUAUGAAGUUAGUUUCUACAAACAAUAUGCAAGCAAUGUUUUCCAGACAUUUCAUAUAUUACAUUUUUUUAUAUUUUGUUCUCUUGCUGGUGGUACAUCUUCCUCAAAGCCGUGGGCAGAGAUCUUCGGCUCGGUGGCUGAUUGGGGACUGGGAAACUCAGUGCAGUGUUACCUGCUUGCGGACACAGGGCAAACCUGUCUGUGGCUCUGAUGGACGGAGUUAUGACACUGGCUGUGACUUCCAGAAGGCACGCUGUAAGAAUCAUUCACUCUCCAUUGCACACCGGGGCCGCUGUAAAGGAAAAAACUGGAUUCGCAUUGAUUCACCAAGUGCCACAGCCACAGAACUACCACCUGAAGGCAAAGACUUGGAGCUAAGAGAUGCAGGGCUGACAAAAUGCAGAGCUGAGAGGUCCCAAGCCCUGGAGCAGGCCAAGAGGCCGCAGGAGGCCAUCUUCAUCCCCGAGUGCAAUGAGGAUGGGUCUUAUGCGCAGGUUCAGUGCCACACUCUGACUGGGUAUUGCUGGUGUAUGACACCGGACGGGAAACCAGUAGGUGGUUCCUCUGUGCAGAACCGGACACCGGUGUGCUCAGGAAACAUCCGAGACUUUAUGGGAACUCAUGCUGGGACAAGUGGAUUGUCAGGGUCUGUAACAGAUAUGCCAUUGGGCCAACCUAGUUCUGGGAGAAAAGAUGAUGGAUUCAGGACGAUUCCUACCAUGGAAGCCCAUGAUGUCAUUGAUAGCGAAGCAGAGAUCACUGCUCCAACUCUGUGGAUUAAGCAGCUGGUCAACAACUCGAGCACAAGGAAACCUGAGAAAAUUCCUUCUUGUGACCACGAGAGACAGACUGCCCUGGAUGAGACACGACAGAACCCACGAGAACCCAUUUUCAUCCCCGAGUGUGGUCCAGGAGGUCUCUACAAGCCUGUCCAAUGCCACCAGUCCACAGGUUACUGCUGGUGUGUCUUGGUGGAUACUGGACGUCCCAUCCCUGGAACAUCUACACGGUAUCAAACACCCGAAUGUGAAAGUGCAGCCAGGUCUCGCAGUUCAGAAGUGGAAGAUCCUUACAGGGACAGGGAGCUGCCAGGAUGCCCAGAUGGAAAGAAAGUUGAGUUCAUCACCAGUUUACUAGAUGCCCUCACCACAGACAUGGUACAAGCUAUAAACUCACCCACUCCCCCUGGAGUAGGAAGGUUCAUGGAGCCAGACCCCAGUCACACUCUGGAGGAACGAGUAGUUCACUGGUACUUUGGGCAGCUAGACAACAAUGGCAGCAGUGACAUAAACAAAAAGGAGUUGAAACCUUUCAAGCGCUAUGUCAAGAAGAAAGCCAAACCUAAAAAAUGUGCACGAAAGUUCACAGAUUACUGUGAUUUGAACAACGACAAGGCCAUCUCUCUGCUGGAGCUGAAGGGGUGCUUGGGUGUCAGUCGGGAUGGAGGUAGUUCUGUGGGUGGAUCUUACCCAGGGAAAAGGCAAGGUGCCAAUUUGUUCAGUAAGACACAUGUUAACUACUAGACUGCAGGCCUGUUAACAGUAUAUUUACCUGAGAAAAUAUUCCAGUUCCCUUUUAAACUAUUGGUAUUUUUAAUAUCCUAACUAUAGAAACGCUUUUUUUAAAAAGAAUAAUAUGGGAAGUCUUUAACUAUUCUAUCAAAGACCAACUGUUAUGAUAAAAAAAACUGGAAUAUGGCGUAAAAUCGUUAUUUUACUUAUUUGAAAGACAUUAUUGUUAACUGAAAUGCAUUGAGGGCGGAUGCAACAACUGUAUUUUUAAGUGACAUACUGUCAUAGGCCCUCCAGAGCCAGUUUCUACCUGGAAUUAUAUCAUCUCAAACAUUUUCUGUAAGUAUAGACAGUUGUGGCCUUGUUUAGGUCUUAAAUUGAAGCUAACUCCUUUGGGUUUGCUUGACGUUAACACAAAAUGUAAACCAUCAGAUGUCUUACUAUCCUGUGUCCACUCAUCAGACAGAACCAAACAGAAAAAAUAAAAUUUUCAAAGAUCAUCCAGGUCAAAGAUCCAGGUCAUUUCUACAAAAAGAUGAUUUUUUCAGGUUAUAGCCCUGUCAGACAGGUGAAAAUGUUGUUUUUAAUAAAAAUCAGAGAAAAAAUUGAACAACGUAAAUAAGAACUCUACAUAUUUUUUGUGAAGACAAGAUUGAUUGAUUGAUCAUUACCUGCUAUGUCAACAAUCAAUAGAAAAAUGUAAUCUGAGCUUCGCUGCAGAACUCCUUUCCCCUAACCCUCUGAAUGGUUGAAAACAUAAUGAAUGACAGGAAUCUGAACCAAUUAUACCAACUCCAAUAGACAAUAUCUCUCAGUUUCCUUCAAGCCUGGAGAUGAGUACAGUCUCUCAUGUACGGAUAUGAUUCCUCACACCGUACAAGAUAAGUACACAGGACUUUAUGUAUUUUUGCAAGCUUUUGCUUUUGUGAUUAUGUUUUGCUAGGUUACUGAUAAAUUAUCAGCAGAUUUUGGAACUUUGCUGAACUGCAUCAUCAGAUAAAAAGUGUUUUAACCAUUGGAAUAAAUUGUUUUGUUAUAUUUUGCACUGGGAAGCGGCUUUGUGAAGCUCCAGUUGUCUUUUUUCAUUAGAUAUAAGGUUUGUUGUGAAGUUUUCUUAUUUUGCUGGAGAAAAUUUGAAAUGUGCAU